AUGCGUAUCAUCUUUGUGGAGAAGUCAUGCUUAUCUUCUCUGUAUCAUUCUAGUAUUCUCGGAUGCCCCCAUAGAAAACUGUAUCCUAGAAACAUUCUAUUUUUCAUAGAGGAUUUUGAGAAAAUGUGGUCUGUAAAAGGAGGAAAUGGAGCAAAGAAGGGCGCAGGAGGAAAUGGAUUGGUGGCAGUUGCCAUAGACAAUCAGAAAGGGAGCCAAAAUGCACUCCGAUGGGCUGCUGAGCAUCUUCUCACCAAGGGCCAAACUGUCAUUUUACUACAUGUUGUUCAGAAGACAUCAUCAGUUUGUUCUUCAUUAGCUGGAAACAAUGCCAUUGUAUGCAAUAUAAACAAUCCGUUUCAAUCACCGCACAAACAGCAGCUUGAAAAGAUGACCAAGGAUCUGUUCCUUACCUUCCAUUGCUAUUGUGCUCGUAAGGACAUAAACUGCAUUGAUAUCAUACUUGAAAACUCAGAUAUAGCAAAAGCAGUAACAGAAUAUGCUUCUUGCGCUGCAAUUGAGAAUUUGGUUCUGGGAGCUCCAACAAAGCAUGGAUUUAUAAGAUUCAAAUCAUCAAGUAUUCCAAGCAGUGUAUCAAAAGGGGCACCUGAUUUCUGCACCGUAUAUGUCAUCUCCAAAGGGAAAAUCCACUCUGAGCGACAUGCUUCUCGUCCAGCAGCUUACAGUUCUCCACUACUUGCCCAAAUAGAGGCAUUAAAUCAGCAAAGUGCUAAAGCAGCUGAAACACCUGGACAGAAUAUGUACUUGAAAGCAGCCAGACCAUCGUUCAAGCCUCGUAACUUGCCAGAUGAAGCUGCCAGAUAUAUAUAUACAAGAGGAGGAGGUUUUAGUAAUGGAAGGAUUAGUGGAGGGUUCUCAGAAUCGGAAAGUGAGAGAUCAUUUAUAAGCUCCGACAGGGCAAGCACUGACCGAGCUUCAUCUGUGAUGUACGAAUAUAUGGACAGAGGGCGGCUAUCUACCAUCUCAGACCAAAGCUUUGGAUCAAUGCGCCUAGGACCUAAGUUCGCAGAACUCAAUUUUCCGCAAGAGUUCUUGUCAAUUUCACAUGAAAGCAACCAAACAUCAUCUUCAUGGUCAUCAGAGAACCUGGAAGAAGUAGAAUCGGAGAUGAGGAGGCUAAAGCUAGAGCUGAAGCAAACAAUGGACAUGUACAGUACGGCAUGCAGAGAAGCACUUACAGCUAAACAGAAAGAAAUGGAGCUGCACAGCUGGAGGGCUGAAGAGGAACAAAAACUUGAGGAAGCACGAUUGGCUCAAGAAGCAGCACAGGCAGUUGCGGAGAGAGAAAAAGCUAGGUGCAAGGCAGCCAUAGAAGCAGCUGAUGCAGCUAAAAGGAUUGCAGAAUUGGAGUCAAAUAAACGGGCAAACGCAGAAAUUAAGGCUCUUAGAGAAGCAGAGGACAUGAGGAAGCUAUUAUCAAAUCUAGCCCACACUGAUGACAAGUAUAGGAGGUAUUCCAUUGAGGAGAUUGAAGAAGCAACAGAACACUUUUCGCCAUCUCGAAAAAUUGGGGAAGGAGGUUAUGGUCCUGUCUAUAAGUGCUACCUCGAUCACACACCUGUUGCAGUCAAGGUCUUGCGUCCGGAUGCUGCUCAAGGAAGGUCACAGUUUCAGAAAGAGAUCGACAUACUUAGCUGCAUUCGACAUCCCAACAUGGUGUUACUUCUAGGAGCCUGUCCAGAGUAUGGCAUUCUAGUAUAUGAAUACAUGGCCAAUGGAAGCUUAGACGACUGUCUCUCAAGGAAAGGGAACACCCCAGCUCUGUCUUGGCAACUGAGGUUCCAAAUAGCAGCUGAGGUUGCCACAGGCCUACUUUUUCUUCACCAGACCAAGCCGGAACCCUUGGUGCACCGUGACCUCAAGCCGGGCAACAUUUUGCUAGAUCAAAACUACGUGAGCAAGAUUAGUGAUGUCGGAUUAGCCAGACUUGUCCCAGCUGUUGCUGAAAACGUGACACAGUGCCUCAUGACAGCAACUGCCGGAACAUUCUGCUAUAUUGACCCUGAGUAUCAGCAGACAGGAAUGCUUGGUGUAAAAUCUGAUGUGUACUCCUUGGGCAUUAUGCUUCUUCAAUUGGUAACAAGUAGGCCACCUAUGGGGUUGACUCACCAGGUCGAAACUGCAAUUGAAAAGGGCACAUUUGCGGGGAUGCUAGACCCAGCUGUGCCGGAUUGGCCAUAUGAAGAAGCCUUGAGCUUUGCAAAGCUAGCAAUCCAAUGUGCAGAACUUAGACGAAAGGACAGGCCAGAUCUUGGCACUGUGAUACUGCCGACACUGAAUAAACUGAGAGAACUUGCUGACGAAAAGAUGAACCACAAGUUAUUAGGAGGCAAUUAUAGCCCUUCCCUUAAUCACAGUCACGCUGCCGAUCAACAAGAAGUAAUAAGCGAUCCGCAGCUCAAGAACCCGGAAACCUCAAAGAGCCAAUCGAGCACAUCUUCACAGCCAGAAAAUCAAGCAGAAGAAGCAGGGAUAACUGAGUAA